CCGCCCAUGCUAUGCACGUCUAUUGCCCUUGGACUGUAGAAGUGUUGCCGGAAUCUGUGCCGAUGAAGAAACUUUUUUGAACUUGCGUUAAGACCAGCGUAAUGUGCUUGUUAUUUGGCGAGUAGUAUUUUUCAUUGUGUUUGAUAUAUACAAAUUGUAAUACACUCGCCAGUUCGAUUACAUUUGAUCAUUUGAAGGCUUUAAAGUUUUGGAGAGUGCGCAGUGAUUUACGCCUUUGACCAUUUUGUGACAUAUCGGUUGGAGGGAUUUCUGUUUUCUGUGUUAGCUGACAUGCUGUAACGAUGCUGGCAAGAAAAAGUAUUAUUCCUGAGGAGUUCACUCUGCCAAACGUCGUUUCGCGGAUUCCCCGAAAGCCCGUGUUUAGAGAUCGGGUGAACAAAGCCCGCUUCAUCGCCAAAAGUGGAGCCUGCAACUUGGCUCACAAGAAUAUCAGAGAACAGGGAAGAUUCCUACAGGACGUGUUCACUACUCUUGUGGAUCUGAAAUGGCGUUUUACAGUAGUUAUAUUCACAAUGACCUUUCUCUGCAGCUGGCUUCUUUUUGCCAUGGGUUGGUGGCUGGUAGCGUUUGCGCACGGAGAUUUGGACCCCAGCCGUCAAGCAGGCAUUGAACAGUGCGUCACCAAUGUUAAGUCCUUCACCUCGGCCUUCCUGUUCUCCAUCGAGGUGCAGGUGACGAUCGGCUUCGGUGGGCGCAUGAUCACAGAGCAGUGCCCUGCCGCCAUCACUGUGCUCAUCCUGCAGAACAUUGCUGGGCUCAUCAUCAAUGCCAUCAUGCUGGGCUGCAUCUUCAUGAAGACUGCACAGUCACAUCGGCGUGCUGAAACGCUCAUCUUCAGCCGGCAGGCGUGCAUCGCCGUACGCAACCACAGACUCUGCCUUAUGCUUCGAGUGGGCGACUUGCGCAAGAGUAUGAUCAUCGGGGCAGCGGUGCGCCUGCAGGUGGUGCGGCGCAGCAUCACGCCCGAGGGUGAAGUCAUCCCCAUCCACCAGAUUGAUGUGCAGACGGAGAGCGCAGCAGCAGCAGGCAACAGCAUCUUCCUGCUGGCGCCGCUCAUCAUCUGUCACACCAUUGACAAGGACAGCCCACUGUAUGACCUGUCAGCCAUGGAGCUGCAGUGCAGUGACCUGGAGGUUAUUGUCAUCCUCGAGGGUGUGGUGGAGACCACAGGCAUCACCACGCAGGCGCGAACCUCCUAUGUGAGUGAGGAGAUCCAGUGGGGCCACCGCUUCGUGCCCAUCGUCACCGAGGAGGACGGCGUCUACUCUGUCGACUACUCCAAGUUUGGCAACACGGUCAAAGUGGCGACACCGCGGUGCAGCGCACGCGAACUCGAUGAGAAGCCAUCCAUCCUCAUCCAGACACUGCAGAAGAGUGAGCUGUCACACCAGAACUCGCUGCGCAAGCGCAACUCAGUUCGCCGUGCCAACUCAGUACGUAAGGGCGGCUCCAUGCGGCGCAAUAACUCAGCACUGGCCGUGCCCAAGGUGCAGUUCCUGGCACCUGAGGGCGGCCCCAACGUGGCUGUUACAUGACACGCGGCAUGGAUGCCCUGGGCUGUCCUGCUCAUCUUGGGGCACUCAGGGACACUUCUCUCCCCUCUUCCUCUGCUGGGCAUGACCCUGUUUCUCUAUCUGUCUCGCCCAUAUCUGCAAUGACAAAACAUUGCAGAACAUUGAGGGUUUAGCUCACCUGCUUUCUCAGUUCACAUCCAUUUGUGACUAUUUUGUGAAAACAAAGAUAUAUUAUUAUAUUCAAAGAUAUAUAUUGGAGCACUAAUGUCGAAUAUGAUCCAAGAACUUAUAUUAUUGUCCCAGGGUAUUCUUUUCCCAGAGAUUUGUAUUCCUAAUAGCUUUGUUGCACAUUUUUAAUUUAAGAAAUCCAAAUCAAGUGUAUCAACUCAAUAAAGUUUCCUUUAUUCAUUGUAAAUAUUUUUUAUGUUUCUAUAUGCUUUAUACAUUGAUACCAGUGGGGAACUGUCCCAGCCCUCUACACCCACAGAGAGGACCUAAGAAAUUC